CGAGCAUUGGAAAUAAGUAUAAAUAAAAAGUGUUUCACUAUUGACUACCAAGCCAUUGCCAAUUCCUCCUACUAUGAAGAAGAUAUACACCUCUGUUCACCAUCUCACUUUCUUACUUCUGCUUCAAGUCUUGAUUACCCAUGCAUCUCGUUCUUCUGCUUCUGCUGCUGCAGGUAAUGAACAAAAGGAUUUCCACAUUGUUUAUCUAGGAGAUCCACCUGAGGGUGUCUCGGCAGUUGAACACCAUAUGCAUGUCUUGUCCUCUGUCAAGAGCAAUGAUGAAGCUGUGGAUGACAUGGUGUAUAGUUACGCCAAGAGCUUCAGUGCAUUUGCAGCUAAACUGUCUCCAAGUGAAGCCCAAAGGCUAUCAAGACAUGAGAAAGUCCUUGGCGUGUUCCCAAACCGUUAUCACAAGCUGGACACGACAAAAUCAUGGGAUUUCCUUGGACUUCCCAAGACGGCAAAGAGAAACCUUAAAACAGAGAGGAACAUAGUCGUUGGUCUUCUGGAUACAGGUAUCACUCCACAAUCUAGCAGCUUCAACGAUCAUGGCUUUGGCCCUCCACCUAAGAAAUGGAAAGGCGGCACUUGUUCUCGCCACGCCAACUUCUCCGGAUGCAACAACAAGAUAAUAGGAGCCAAGUACUUCAAGCUAGACGGGAACCCAGACCCAAGCGACAUCUUAUCUCCAAUCGAUGUGGACGGCCAUGGGACCCACACAUCUUCGACCCUAGCCGGGAACUGGUCCCUCAAGCCAGCCUGUUUGGGCUAGCCAGAGGGUCAGCUCGUGGAGCAGUGCCCGGAGCCAGGAUUGCCAUGUACAAGGUCUGCUGGGUCAGUUACGGUUUGUUCCGAUAUGGACUUGCUUGCUGCAUUCGAAGCUGCGAUACACGAUGGCGUUGAUAUCAUAUCGAUCUCUAUCGGUGGUGUGAAUGCGGAAUAUACAUCUGAUGCAUUAGCCAUCGGUGCAUUCCAUGCGACCAAGAAUGGUAUUUUAACUGUGGCAUCUGCUGGGAAUGAUGGGCCUAACCCAGCUUCUGUGAGGAACCAUGCGCCGUGGAUCUUGACUGUGGCAGCUAGUGGGAUUGAUAGGACGUUUCAGAGCAAAGUACAACUUGGAAAUGGCAAGAUUUUCUCGGGAACUGGUGUGAGUCUCUUCCAGCCAAAGGAGAAGCUUUACCCUCUGGUUAGCGGAUUUGAUGCGGCCAUUGAUGAAGAUAACAAGGAGACUGCAAGAUUCUGCUAUGAUGGAUCGAUGGAUGCAAAGAAGGUGAAGGGAAAGCUAGUUUACUGCAAGCUAGGGCAGUGGGGUAGGGAUUCUGUCGUGAAAAGUUUGGGAGGUGUAGGGACAAUAGUUGAGAGUGAGCAAUAUCUCGACAUUGCCCAAAUUUUCAUGGCACCAGCCACAAUGGUAAAUUCAUCAGUCGGAGACAGCAUUGACAGUUACAUUCAUUCCACAAGAUCACCAGGAGCUGUGAUAUACCAUACACAAGAAGGGAAAGUGGAUGCUCCAUUUGUAGCCUCGUUUUCAUCCAGAGGUCCGAAUCCAGGGUCGACUCGCAUUCUCAAGCCUGACAUAGCAGCACCUGGAAUCGACAUCUUAGCGGCGUACACUCGAUUGAGGACACUGACCGGAUUAGACGGGGACACCCAGCGCUCUGACUUCACGCUCAUGUCCGGAACUUCCAUGGCUUGCCCACACGUUGCUGGAGCCGCCGCAUAUGUCAAAUCCUUCCACCCCAACUGGACUGCCGCAGCCAUCAAAUCUGCCAUCCUCACUACAGCUAAACAAAUGAGCCGAAGGGUGAACAACGACGCAGAGUUCGCAUACGGGGCAGGACAACUGAAUCCUGUCAGGGCUCGAAGCCCGGGUUGGUGUACGACAUGGACGAGAUGGCAUACGUCCAAGUCCUCUGCCACGAAGGCUACAAAGGCUCGUCCCUAUCGGUCCUAGUUGGCUCGAAAUCCAUAAACUGCUCCACCAUCAUUCCCGGGCUUGGCUACGAUGCGUUGAACUAUCCGACCAUCCAAAUGCGAGUGAAGAGCCAGCAGAAACCAACGGUGGCGACUUUCCAGAGGAUGGUGACCAACGUUGGGCGCGGGCCCUAUCCGGUGGUUUACAAUGCCACCAUUGAAGCUCCCAAAGGUAUGGAGAUCACUGUGAAGCCCAUGACUCUGUCUUUCUCGCGCCUCAACGAGGAGAGGAGCUUCAAGGUUGUGGUGAAGGCAGAGCCCAUUGCCGGGUAUUCUGGGAUUCUGUCCGGAGAGCUUGUGUGGAGAAGCCCUGGGCAUAGCGUUAGAAGCCCUGUCGUGGUUUACAAGCAACAGGACUAAUUCGAUUCCUUUAUUUUUUUGUAAAAAUGUUUGUAUAUUGUGUUCAUCGGUCGCUUGUUUUGUGAUCGUUCAGUCUAUUGCUCGAUCAAGUUUCGAUUAUUAUUUAUAUAAAUAAUUGAUCUUUAUAUUGUUUCUAAUGUACUCUUUGAAAAUGUUUGUUGUUUCAUGUAUCCGAAUUUAUUCGGAUUUUAUGAGACAUCGAUAUGUUAUUGGAUAACUUCUUACCUAAGUCAAUAAGUUUUUAUUUGUUGAUGUAAGCUUGUUUCCUUGGUUAGUGUGUCCUUCCAUGGCAGGCAGAAGAUUUGCAGCAAAAGAACAGCAGCCAGCCAUUGAAGCAUCAAUGGGUUGAGCUUUCUGUCUCUGUCUCUCACGUCCUUCAUUUCUUG